AUUUAUCACGACGGAUAAAAGCGUGUAUGCUCUUGAAUGGUUAGGCUCCUUUCACUCUGGCUCAUCCUUCUUGGAGAGUAAACGAUUCCCGAAAGUCACGCUCUGUGACUAUCAAAUCCGGCAAAUGAACAACGUGAAAAGAUAUACCGUGCAAUGCGUACUACCUGUUAACCUGUUCAAUGAGAAGCUAUUUCUGUUCCUAUGGUUUUGGUUCUGUCUUCUUGCCAUACUAAACAUCUUCAGCAUGGUCAAUUGGUUUUACCUUACAGUAUGGAAGAAAAAUAAUUACAACUUCGUCAUGAAAUAUUUCAAAAUUGAUGGAAAGAAAUUGCAACAAGCAGACAAAGAGGCCUGCAAGAAAUUUACUGAUGAUUUUCUUCGGGAUGACGGAUGUUUUCUAGUGAGGAUGGUAGGGAUAAAUUCCUCGGAACUUGUAGUGAUUGACCUACUCAAGGAACUGUUUACACAGUAUCAGAAAGACCAAAAGCAAUCUGAAGCCAUUUCACAUGAUGUAAACCAAAACGAAACCGAACAGAAAGAUGUCAAGUAGAAUACAUUGCAGCUAAUGAGAGUUUUCUCAUAUAGACCGACACUGAAAUCAUUAUGGAACUGAAACAAAAACAUACAUGACUUGAAUCUUUUGUUAGGUUCUCUCUCUCUCUGUGCGUGCGUGCGUGCGUGCGUGUUUAUUAUCAAAUAAUAACGUAUACUCAUUACCCUUAUUAAUGUCAUUUCACACGUGUUUGUACAUAGUAUGCUCUGUCACUACAUACUUUCACCCAAUAUCAAAAUUCUUUAAGCGAAAUCAAUUUCAUAAUCUUUCUUUUCUUAUUACAUGAAAAAAUAUCCACAUCAAGAAUUGAACCGUCAGCCUUCACUCGUACUUUAUAAAGCUAUAAUAAUCAAAAUGCCUUAGACAACCACCAACAUAUCAGGUAGAUUCUCUCCAUAAAACAAGAAAAGUGGUUAGUAAUGUUAAAGGCUUGUACAAACUUUCUUUUAAGGGUAACUUCUAGGAAUUGCAUGUCAGAAGUCCCAAAUGUGAUUCAUAUCUGUCUAAACGCACAUUAGAUUAAUGCAAUCCUUACAGUUACAUUUUUACAAUAGGUUUGCUUUUAAAAUAAGUGCUUUAUUUCCACGAAUAUCAAACUAACGACCUUUACAACAUCUAGAUCAAACAGCUAAAAUGCCCAUCCAUAUUAAAUUGUAAUUCGACUUCCUAUAAAAAUACCCAUCCUGAAAUUACAAAUGUAACUUCAAAUUUCCUUAAAUCCAAUAAAAAGCUUUAACUUGAACUAUAGUAUAGUUUUCAUUUUGGUUUCCGAUUUUGAAAUAUUUUUUUAUGAAUGACGUCAGUUAGCGCUCAGUGAGCAGUUCAUCUCGUUGAACAUUGCUCACUGAGUUGUGUUCAAAACUCUGCAAUUUCUACUCUUUAAGUCAUAACCUUUGAAUUUUGCUCACAGUAUUCAUGUCAAUGUAAGUUUAAGUCAUUAAUAAUUGUUCAUCUCAUAAGCUAACAACAAUUCUCAGUGAUUAAUUGCCAAACCUGUCCACUGGACAUUUUUCAUUACGAGUAUAACAAAAGUGACCACUCGACCACAUAGAAGGUGAUUUUAUCUAUAUUCCUAGGCCCUUUCAGAUAUAAUUCUCUUGGGGUGAUCUCCACAAAUAGUUUAUGUGUCGGUAAUUCGACGGGAAAUACCGAUAAUUUGUUUUCAGUUCAUAGCUGCCAGUAUGACAAACAUGAUCCAGGGUAAUUUUCAAUAUGGUUUCCAUAAUUUGAGCCGCGCCAUGAGAAACCCAACAUAGUGACUUUGCGACCAGCAUGGAUCCAGACCAGCCUGCGCAUCCGCGCAGUCUGGUCAGGAUCUAUGCUAUUCGCCAAUGGUUUCUCUCAUUGCAAUAGGUUUUUAAAGCGAACAGCAUGGAUCCUGACCAGACUGCGCGGAUGCGCAGGCUGGUCUGGAUCCAUGCUGGUCGCAAAGCCACUAUGUUGGUUUUCGCAUGGCGCGGCUCAUAAAGUAUUAUCGAAACAUUUGCUUAGAAGGCGUUAUAGAUCCACAUGCAUAAUGUAAAAGUAUAUUCGAUUGUAUAUAUUGCUAGACUUCAUGUCAGUUGUAUGCAAUCAUUGGAUACAUGUUUAUACCCGUAGCUUAAACAGGUGUGCAUCAAAAAUUAUUGACUUCGUUUUAAAGACCCACCACAACCUAGUGACCCCGGCACUUCCAAAGGACCUAUUUUUCUCGUUAUAUAAGCUUUAUAAAAUCAUUCUGAUAAUACAGUUAUAAAUUAUAAUACAGCUAUGGUGGAAAAUUUAAGGCUCUUCUUGGAUUAUUGUACUUUCACAGCUUUAUCUAAAAAAUGAUUUUAAAUUUCAUUAUUCAGUUAAUCUGUUUUCAGUAUAUUUAUUUUCUUAAAACAUAUAGCUUACACUGCAGAAAACAAACUGUUUAAUCUGAACACUUUGCAUACUGCCACAUUUAUUCAAUAAAACAUUUGGACAGUAAACAUACAAGUCUUGGCCUCAAAAUGUCACUAUGAGUUCGUUACUGUAAACAUACAGCAGAUGUUGUAUACCUGAAUUUUACGAUGCGAUGAAAUGAUGUGAAAUUAUCAUCAUGGGAAGAAAAUAGAUUACAGUUAUUCUGUGUUGGGUCUUUAAAGUCAAUACUACAACUGACAGUUUCAAGACACAAUGUCUAAUAAUGUUGAUAAUAAGUAAAAAUAUUUUUCAUAAAAGAAAAUCUAUAACUGUAAUCUGUAUUUGAAUUUAAAUGGAAAAUGUUCUUCAAAUUAAAUAAAAAAUCUCAACCGGCUGUAUGUCCACAUCCAUCGUUCAAAAUAUCUGAGCCAUAAUUACUUAUUCAUUGACGAACAUUCAAGAUUUGGCUAACGUAGUAAAUGGGAGAUAACCCCGCUUAUAUUAAAAUGACUUUGCUUAUGUAGUUUAAUUGGAGAUAACAGAACAGAACAGAAAUUUUAUAAAGUCUUAUGCAUAUACAGCAGAUCUACAUAAACCAAAAUAAAUAUAAAUAAUAGCAUGAUCAUGACAAUAAUGGCAACAAUAGUAAUAUGACAGUCACAGAAGGAAAAUCAAAUUGAUGAGAAUGUUUAAAAAGUACAAAUUUAAAAGGAUUACUUGCAUAAAAAUAAUACCUCAGUUACAUAAUUUGAUAAACAUUUUACACAAUCAUGUUGCAUUCAAUAUAUUUUGUCUUUGCUUGAAAGCUUUGAUCGAAUAUACAGAAAUUUUAUGCAGCAAUGGUAUACUAUUAGUUUUCAAUAUGUUUACCAAUAUAGCCAUACUUGGUCUAACUCGAUAAUAUCUUGGUGUAUGAAUAAUGCGUAACUCUUUAAAUGCUUCACAUUUCAAAACAAAGUGAUACUCGUCUUCGACUACUCUUUUAUUACAAAGUUCACACACUCCUUUUUGUCUUUCUAUGUCUCUAUGGCGACCAUAUUCAAUAUUGAACCAAUGAGAUAACACGCAGCUAUUUAGAUAUGUCGGCCUACGUAGUAUAUGAGAUAACCCGCUAUUUUUAAUUAUGUUGGAAAACACAAUAUUAGAUGAUACAAAAAAUGUACUUGAUGUUUAUCUUUAUGUAAGUUGCACGUGGCUAAUCAUAUCUACAUUGGUACGUACUUCUAUCAAAUAAGAUAAUAGACUGUUUCUUGCAUAUUAUAAAUAGGAACAAUAUCAUUUAAUCAUUAUCAGUAUUGUUUUAUUACUAUGCAUUAUGCUGUUUAUUUUGAGUCAAUGUUUCAGAUCUACGAUAUUGAGUAAUAGUUUUUCGUGUAUUCUGGCUGGUAAAAAUUGAUACAAUACCCUAAAAGUCUGCUGAUGUUAGCAAACAAAACAUUGUUUGAAAUUCAAUCAUUUCUACUGAUCAUAGAAGAUAACGACAAUGUCUGUAAAUUCAUGAUGAAAGCUUACAGCUGAUUUGAAUUACGUUCGAUUCCGACACCCCGCCCCUCCUCUCCUCAAUCCAACAACCCGAAAAAAAAAACAGUAUAUUUUCUCAUCAGAAGGUGUGGUCGCGGCCUUGUGGUCCUAAGACCAAGGUCCUCCAGCAUCAGCGGCCGUUCAUGUACCACAUUUUUACCACAUUUUAAUCAUUACACAACUAUGUUUCUUCCCGACAUAUACGAUUUAAGUGCCGUUCUCCUGCCAAUGUCUGAGACCACUUUUUAGAACUAUAAUAACUAAUUAAAAUAACUAAAUUAAUCCCGCGCAGAUAACAAUCUGCUAACACGAAUGUAUCUAUUUCAAUCUAUUAUCAGCAUUAUAUCAUUAUUUGUAUUUAUAUUUAUUUGUAAUCCACGCAAUACUUACACUGAGUAUUUUUCAUGAAUUUUAUUUAUAAAUUUUAUCUUGAUUAAUUUCACAAAAAUAACAGAACAGGUCCAGACGCCUUUGCCAAUAUUUGAAACAGUGUCGGAUAAAUUAUACUUGCGAAUUAAAUUGAUCCUGAAAUUUUAGAAUCAUGGUUAUAAGCAAUUAUGAUGCCUUGUCACCCUUGAAGUUGUUCAGUUCGAGCCAUUGUGAUGACUGGGUUGACCGACUGAGUCAUGCCGUCACGGUUUUACUUCUCUUGGCGUUCGCCAUUACUGUCAGUACGACACAUAUAGUUGAACCACCAAUAUCGUGCUGGGUACCAGCCGAAUUUGACAAGGGAACCGGAUCUUUCGAAGACUAUGUUAAUACAUAUUGUUGGUUGAAGAACACUUAUUAUAUACCAAUGCUUGAGGAGAUUCCGACGGACGUACUACAUCGGCAGCAAGAAGAGAUCACGUACUACCAAUGGGUGCCAUUGAUAUUCCUUCUUCAGGCGUUAUUAUUCAAACUCCCACAUAUUUUGUGGAAAAUACUACGUAACAACUGUGGCCUGGAACUUGGAAAACUUUGCAAGACUGCCGGAAAUACACAAUGUCAAUCACCAGCAGAGCGGAGCGAAACCAUUUCUGUCAUUGUGUUUUCUAUUUUGUGCUGGAUUAAAGGUCGGCAACGGUAUAUUAAGCAGAAUGCGUGCGUACGUGCUAAAACUUGGCUGUCGCGAUUCUGUUGUUUCUAUGGCAACAAACGAGAAGGAACUUUCUUGACGGCCUUAUAUCUGGCAAUCAAACUUCUCUAUCUUACUAAUGUCAUUGGACAAAUAUUUCUUCUGAAUGCAUUUAUCACGACAGAUAAAAGCGUGUACGCUCUUGAAUGGUUAGGCUCCUUUCACUCUAGCUCAUCUUUCGUGGAGAGUAAACGAUUCCCGAAAGUCACACUCUGUGACUAUCAAAUCCGGCAAAUGAACAACGUGAAAAAAUAUACCGUGCAAUGUGUACUACCAAUUAACAUGUUCAAUGAGAAGCUAUUUCUGUUCCUUUGGUUUUGGUUCUGUCUUCUUGCCAUACUAAAUGUCUUCAGCAUGGCCAAUUGGCUUUAUCUUAUAAUAUGGAAGAAAAAUAACUACAACUUCGUCAUGAAAUAUUUUAAAAUUGAUGGACAGAGAUUGAAACAAGCAGACAAAGAGGCCUGCAAGAAAUUUACUGAAGAUUUUCUUCGGAAUGACGGAUGUUUUCUAGUGAGGAUGGUAGGGAUGAAUUCCUCGGAACUUGUAGUGAUUGACCUACUCAAGGAACUGUUUACCCAGUAUAAGAAAGACCAAAAGCAAUCUAGAGCCACUUCACAUGAUGACCAAAACGAGACCGAACAGAAAAAAGUCAAGUAGAAUACGUUACAGCUAAUGAGAGUUUUCUCAUAUAGACCGACACUGAAAUUCAUACAGAACUGAAACAAAAGCAUACAUGAUUUAAGAAUCCUUAGUUAGGUCACCAUAUUCUGACUAAAACAAUGUGAAAGGUCAAAUUUUAUUCCACUUUGCGUCUAUUUGGUCUUUUUCCAUUGAAUAUCCGAAAAUAUGUAAAAGAAGUCGUCAGGAUUUAGAUGCAAUUUCGAAACAAAUUUGCGGUACUCUCUCUCUCUCUCUCUCUCUCUCUCUCUCUCUCUCUGUUUAUUAUCAAAUAAUAACGAAUACUCAUUGCUCAUAUUAAUGUCAUUUCACACAUGUUUGUAUAUCGUAUGCUCUGCCACUACAUACUUUCACCCAAUAUCAAAAUUCUUCAAGCGAACAUGAAAAAAUAUCCGCAUCAAAAAAUGAACCGGAACUCUUCACUCGUACUUUCAUAAAGGAACAAUAAAAACGUGCCUUAGACAACCAACAACAUAUCAGAUAGAUUCUCCCCAUAAAGCAGGAAAAAUGGUCAGUAAAACAGAAAGAAAAAAUAAAAUGCUUGCACAAACUUUCUUUGAAUGGGAACUCUUAGGAAUUGUAUGCCAGAAGUCCCAAUGGUGGUUCAUACCUGUCUAAACGUACAUUAAAUUCAUGCAAUCCUUAGAGUUAUAUUUUUACAAAAGUUUUGCUUUAAAAAUAAGUUCUUUAUUUCCACGAGUGUCAAACUAAUGAUCUUUACAACAUCUAGAUGAAACUGCUAAAAUACCCGUCCAUGUUAUAUUGUAAUUCGACUUCCUAUAAAAAUACCUAUCCUGAAAAUAACUUCAUAUUUCCUUAAAGUCCAAUAAAAAUUACAUAACCUUGUCGACUCGGCAUUAAGCUUUAGCUGUAAACUAAAGUAUAGUUUUAUCAUUUUGGUUUCCGAUUUGGAAAUGUGUUCUUUAUGAAUGACAUCAGAUAGCGCUCAAUGAGCAGUUCAUCUCGUUGAAUAUAUAAACGGAAACUUUUCUUCGAAUUAAAUCGGCUUUAUGUCCACAUCCGUCGUUCAAAGUAUAUUCUAAUUCUGUAGCAAACAAAACCUUUAACGCCACUUCGAUAUUCAUAUAAUUUAUACUAACUUCAUUUAAGAGAAAAAUGGAAUGAAUGAAUUUAAGUCAUGUAAAAUGUCCAUUCCUGCGUCUAACAUAUCCAAGUGUUUAUUGACAUUUCAGCACAUCACUUUAUUGUUGGGCUUCUUGGGUUCAUUGAAGCACAUUUCUGAUCAUUUCAUUGCUAGCUAGAGAGAUUUGUUAAUGCCAUUUUCGUGUUGUUUCACUGUUUGUAGAUUAACCUUUUCCUCAUGUUAGUUUAGUCAUUACAACGACCUUUUAAUUGUCAUUUCAGUGCGUUUAAUUUUGUUUCGUUGCAUAUUUAAAAACCUUUUCGCAUACUUUUCGUUCAGUUGCCUGUCAUUCCUUUAAAUUGUAUCCAUUCGUAUUAAACAACCGUUUUUGUAUACAUCUAUGUUGUAAUGUUUUGUAACCAGUUACUAGAUCUCUGUUUAUUAAACUUCCCGUUAACACUAUUUUCGUCCAUAUCAUCUUCCAUCGUCAAGUUUUUGAUCCAUUAUUGAUGAACUCUUUUCUGCAUUCUUACAUUUAAACUUUCGUGUUCUUUUUUUUUCAGAGACGCUGUCGAAUUGUAUAUGUUUUACAUUUGCAUUUUUCUGCGUUGUUAUUUUAUCUUUAG